GAUCGCGACAGUAUGCAUGGCCCUCACAAUCGGCCUCUGGAAGAAUUCCUCGUCCAACAUCAGGCCGACUUCCUCCGCCUUGACAUCCUAUACGAAGAAGGCGGCAUUUACCUCGACACCGAUGUUUUCCCACUCAAAUCAUUUGCCGGCAUCCUCUCCAACGACCGCGACAUCGUCAUGGGCCACGAAGGGGGCAACCGCUACGGGCUCGGCAACGCUGUCAUCGCCGCUCGGCCUCGGAGCAAAUUCGUCAGGAAGUGGAUCGACAGCUACUCGACCUUCAACAAAUGGGUAUGGAACUACCACUCCAUCCGCCUGCCCAAGCUUCUCCAAGUCGAGAAUCCCAAUCUAAUCUGCGCGCUCGGGCCGUCGGCGUUCUUUUGGCCCACCUGGGCUGCGGUACAUCACCCGUUCAUGCACAGCCCUCUGAGCCAAGAUGAGAUCGUGGAACUCCACGAACAGAUGGCGGAGUAUAGAGGCGCGAUGUUUGAGAACCAGCUGGCGAUUCAUCUGAAAGUUGAUGUGGAGCCGGAAGAUCGAAUGUUGGAAGAGACAAGGUUCAAUAUUCUGAUGCGGGACGUGUUAGAUGCGCCGCUUCCUUGACAUAACUUGGCGCACAGUUUCUUUUCCUAUCUCUGUACAAUACCCCGUUCCAGGGCAUGUAGAAUUUAGAUACCCC